AUGAUAGUUUAGGCAAAUAAAGGAAUAUUGGGGAUUUUGGAAUUAUUAUUAAAUGAAUAAUUAUAUGUGAGUUUAUGUGUUAACAGGACUUUGAAAACAAAUUUUUAAAUUAAGAUUUUUAUUUUAAUGGCUGAAUAAGAGCAAUAAUAAGCACCAGCAGCAGAAUAAUAAUAAGCCGCCCCAGUUGAAAAGAAGGGAUUCGGAAGAGGAGGAAGAGGAUAAAGAGAAAGAAGAGAAGGUGGAGCCCCAAGAUAAAAUAGAGGUCCAAGAAGAUUUGGAGGUGAAUAAGAGUGGACACCCUUGACCAAAUUGGGUAGAUUAGUAAAGGCAGGCAAAAUCAAGAGUCUUGAGACAAUCUUCCAAUUCUCAAUUCCCAUCAAGGGUAAUUCUAGAUUAUUAACAAAAAUUUAGAAUAUUAAAUUGUCGAUCACUUCCUUAAGAAUUUGAAGGAAGAGCCACUCGCCAUUGGUCCAGUCUAGAAGCAAACUUGUGCAGGAUAAAGAACAAGAUUCAAGGCAUACGUCGUAGUUGGAGAUUCCCACUAACACAUUGGUUUGGGAUGGAAAUCAGCUAAGGAAGUUUAAGGAGCCAUCAAAGGUGCAGUCAUCAAUGCUAAACUCAAUUUGAUUCCAGUUAGAAAGGGAUAUUGGGGAAAUAAGAUUGCCUAACCACACACAGUCCCAUGCAAAGUGACAGGAAAGGAAGGAUCAGUCAGAGUUAGAUUGGUUCCAGCUCCCAGAGGUACUGGUAUUGUUGCUGCCAUCACAUCAAAGAAAGUCUUAUAAAUGGCAGGAAUUUAAGAUUGCUACACCUAAUCAAAGGGAAGCACAAGAACUAGAUCAAACUUCUUGAAGGCCACAUUCCAUGCCCUUAAAGAAACCUACAAUUUCCUUACACCAGAUCUUUGGGGACACACAAAAUUAGAAUCAACUCCAUUCUAAGAACACAGCGAAUAUUUGGCUGCCUUAAAAUGAGAUCAAUUUAUCAUAAGUAUAUUAAAAAUAUAAAAU